AUGAGAAACGUUUAUAUAAAUUUAAGUAAUUUUGCUCUGAAUUAUUUAAACUGGCAUUCUCCCAAAAGUAGGUGUACUGUAUACGCAUUUAUGUCGCGUGGCGAACUCUUGACAGGGAAGAGACGAUAGGUGAAGAGUACAUACACAAAGAUAUGAAUUAAGAGCGGUAGCCCCUCAAGCUUGCACUACUAUUCAAUAAGAUUAUGGCUGUUCUGAUGUUGCUUGCAACAUCACUCUCCUUUCUGCCCCCGAUAGAUUCUGACUAACACGGGAAUCAAAAGGAAUCUAUCUAACUCAGCCUUAAAAGUGCCCAAUGACUCUGCCUACAUUCUAGAGGAGCAAUUUCAAUAGACUCAGACCCUUUGAAAAAUAAUUCUCCCUUAACUCCGUCCUGAAUGGGACCCCUAUUUUGAAAUGGUGCCUCCCCUAGCUGUCGUCUCUGCCGCAGCGGGAAUCCUCAUUUCAUUAACCACCGUGAAGUCCUCUCAGGAGCUUGAUGCAGUCGACCCAGUUGAGUUGUUGCCUCUGUUCCCCGACAGCCGCUGACUGACUAGAGUUGUCUGUUUCGAAAUGUGUUUGUACUGGAGACAGUCAAAAGUUCCGUAAUCCACGAAGUUUUAGAAUCGCAACAACAUCACUAAGGGCACAACAGUCCUGCCCUGGGCAUGGUUCACUGCUGAAGACUAACUUUGGCAAGACUUUAACAUGUAAUAAAAAGCAGCAGGUUCUUUCCAGGGCUGGUUUCUCGUCCGUUUACUGCUGAAGCAGGAAGAGGUUCCUCAGCUUGACAGCAAAGGUUGGUGGGGGAAGGGAAGGGCAGAAAAGAAAACUUCAAACUACAAGAUUCAGUAGUUCCGUUUGUGGAUUAUGGGGACGACUGCCAGCGCUGCUCAGCAAACGGUAUCCAUAGGACAACUCAGUGACAACGGCCAGAGCAACGAGACAACAGAGAGCAGGCGAUCAAUUAGUGUCAACUCCUUCCAGACACUCAGCAUUCACAAUAAGGCCAAAUCCAUCAUCACCAAUAAGGUGGCACCCGUGUUGAUCACGUAUAACUGUAAAGAAGAGUUUCAGAUUCACGAUGACUUGUUAAAAGCAAACUAUAUAAUUGGGAAAAUUUCAGAUAACUUGCCGGAACACUAUCUUGUUCAGGGAAAGUAUUUCAUGGUUUGUGAUAUCUACAAUAAGAUAGACGUCUUGAACACUACUGGCUAUUAUGGAGUACCCAACUUCAGGCAGGCCAAGGGAAACUACCCAGUGUUCGGAAUGGGGCAACCUAGUCUUAACGGCUUUAAACAGGUUCUCCAAGUGUUUCAACAGGAAGGUUAUAAGGAAAUUCUGUUUUUCUGUGUUCGUGAGGAGCCUGUGGUUUUCCUGCAUGUCGAGAAUGACUUUGUUCCCUACACUCCCCGGAGUAAAGAAAAUCUUCAUGAAAACCUUCAUGACUUGGGAAGAGACCUGGAAGUGGAAAAACUAGAGCUGGCUAUCAGGAAGGAGCUUUAUAACUUUGCUCAGUUGAAUGAAAAUACCAAUUAUGUCUAUAAUGACAUAGAACAUUUCAAGGAUGAGCCUCGGACAGUCUGUAUUUGCAGUGAAGAGGAUAUCCAUGUAACAGAAGAGGUUUACAAAAGACCUUUCUUUACCAAGCCAUCUUGCAGGUACUAUCGAUUACCGCUGUCUGUGGAUGGGUUACCACUACAGUCACAGAUAGAUGUCUUUAUUAAUUCACUCAGGGAGACUCCAAAUCUCUUGCUUCUUCAGAACUCUGAAAGGCCUCCGCCUGCAUUAGUCUUCAGCUGUCAGGUUGGAGUUGGUAGGACAAAUUUAGGGAUGAUACUAGGAACCCUUGUGAUGUGUCAUAGAAAAGGCUUUCCUGAAAAAUGGGGAGAUAACCAGAAUACCAGUGCUAAAAAGAGGGAGCAAUUGCAGAUGAUCCAGAACUUUGUCAAAAGCCUUCCGAUGGGGCAACAAAUUGUGGAAGAGGUGGACACAGCCAUUGCUCUCUGCUCUGAAAUGCAUAACAUUAAAGAAGACAUCUAUGAGUACAAACAGAAGCUGGAGGGCAUUGGGGAGAAUUGCCAAGUUGAGGGCAACAGCACCAAAGAAUAUUUUCUCCAAAGAAUAUUGCAGAGCACAGAGCGUUAUUUCUAUCUGAUCGCUUUUAACUACUUUCUGCAUGAACAGUAUCCUUUGGCCUUUUCACUUAACUUCAGCAGGUGGAUGUGCAGGCACCCCUGGAUGUACAGAAUCUUGGCCGGUAUGAAUGUAUCUGAGCUUACUGCCCCUUGCGACUUAGUAACAAAAGGCAUCAGAAUCUUGGUUGCAGAUGAAGCUCUGGAUGUUCUAAGCACAUUGAAAGAAAUGAAAGUGGCCAAUUUCCGACGGGUUCCAAAGAUGCCAAUCUACGGCAUGGCACAGCCUAAUUCAGAGGCUUGUGGCUUGGUCCUGACAUACCUGACUGAUAAGAAGAGGAAUUACAGCAACAUUUUGUGGGUGACCUUACGAGAGGAGUUAGUGCUGGAGGGGAAUGGCCAAGUGUACACACCCCGGGAACCAACCUGCUUGGAACAGCCCAUCACGAUACCCACCAACUCAUCAGAGCAGCUCGAAAAACUAGAAAAUGGCCUUAAAAAUGAGAUUUUGGCAUCGCAGAAGUUACUUGAAGUACAGCUGGAGCAGGAGAAGCAGAUGAAGUUGUUUAAAAGUUGUCUCACCAUGCAGGAGAUUUUCAACCAACUGAAGAGCUCCCACCAGGGCCUACUGUAUAGACGUGUCCCCAUUCCUGAUUGUGGUGCUCCAAGAGAAAAGGACUUUGACAAGUUAUUUGAAGCCAUGAAAACAGUUUUCGCAGAUGAUACCCGCUCAGCAAUUGUAUUUAACUGUCAUAACGGGAAAGGAAGGACAACGACUGCCAUGGUGCUGUCAGUCCUCGCUUUCUGGCACUUCAAGGGAAUUCCUGAAAAUAAUGAAGAAGAACUCGUGAGUGUGCCAGAUGCUAAGUACACAAAGGGAGAAUUUGAGAUUGUGAUGCAGAUAGUUCGACUCUUGCCCGAUGGACACAAAAUGAAGAAGGAAGUAGACCUGGCUCUGGACAUUGUGAGUGAGACUAUGACUCCAAUGCAUUACCACUUGCGAGAAAUCGUCAUCUGCACUUACAGGCAGAUUAAAACAGCCAAAUCCGAGAAGGAAAAGCACUUGCUGCAGCUGCGAAGUUUGCAGUAUCUGGAGCGAUACAUUUACCUCAUUCUCUUCAACACAUACUUGCAUUUGGAAAAGCAAGAUUCCUGGCAAAGACCCUUCAGUGCUUGGAUGUAUGAGGUCGCAGCCAAGGCUGGAGUCUAUGAGAUCCUGAAUCGCUUGGGAUUCCUAGAAUUUGAAGACCCUGAGAACAUACCCCUUUCUCGACUGUGUUACCGCUGGUUGCAACAAAGUACAAACACGCUUCCUUUCCGAGGCGAGUUUGUUUAGUUAUCUUCUUUGCUCUAUGAGCUGAUGGAUGACGGACUGCCUUUCCACUGGUUGUACAGCAUUGACACUCGUAAAUCAUUGGAACCGUUCACCAUUCUGCUUGUAUGUACAUAAAGCACAGAAAAAGUAGCGAACAAUGGACAGACAUUGGAAUCAAACUGAUGUGAUGGCUAUAGAGAGUCAGUGAUGAAGGAUUGAUUUGGAAUACUCUCACAGAGAAUUGAUGCAGACACAAUGGGCUGAGUGCUCUUCUGUAUCAUAAACAAUAUAUGGCUUAAUGUGAGAAAACCGAGUUGUCAUUUAAUACUUUUGAUCACAGAAAUGAAAGUUAUUAGAAAGGCCCUUUCAACCAUAGAAAAAGAAAACAAGACAUAGUCUGUUGAGAGUGCUUCGAAAAUCUGCAAUAAUCCAACUCCAAUCUUAAUAAGAAAGCAGCAUUAGGCACUGUACUGUCUUCACAGAAAUAAGCAUUACUACAAAAUGUUAAGUUUACUAAAGGGUGUGGGUAUGCAGUAAUAGGUCAAUGUUAUAUAACUGUGAGCCACUAAAUAGGAAAGCCAUCAUGCAAUCAGAAUCCUUCACUCAUUGGACCACUUCUUCAAUGACCCACUGUUGUAAAUCCUCUGACCCUUUUUAGAAUUUAGCGACUAUACUGUAGAGCAUAUGUUCAAUUUAUAAGAAGUCAUAACACAUUCUUGUCGUUCGGAAUUUCUGAAUCUUGCAAUUGAUGUGAAACUUAAAGUAUUUCCACUUUAUGUUAAAUGUGCUACAUUAAUUUCUGUUGGAAUAUCCUGAUUUGUUUGGCAAGUAAACUAACUGAUUAAAUGAUUGGUUAAUGUUGUCUGCUUAGAUUCCAGGUGCACAAUGUUUUUUCCCAGUCAAUUCUUUGAUAUAUUCAGCACAGUUUUGUGCUUUUGCUAUUCAACAUCACAGUGUUAUCACAAAUAAUACGUUUAUCUCAUUUGUGCAUUUUUAAAUGGAGAAUGUAAUAGCAGUUUCAGUUCUGGCUUUUAUGAAGUGUAUAUUUUAAUUAAAAUAUUUCAACAAUGGCAACAUUUUCACAAUCAUUACAAAAUGACUUUGUAAACUGUUCAAGGUAGAUACAAUGGCUCAUUUCAAACCAAAAGAACUGUUCACCUGUAUCGCAAUGAGGACAAAAGCUUGUGUAAUCAGGCAUUUAUCUGAGAGUUUUGUUGAUGCUGAACAGUAUUUGUAAAUAAAGGGAAGAUUUGUUUUGUA